CCGAAACGCCGCCGCUUCCGCUCCUCCUACAUGUGGUAUGGUCUCGUCCUCACAACGAGCGCGUAUCUCGGCUACAUGGUCCGCAACUUCGCCUCCCCACCCCCUCUCCCUCUCCCCGGCACGCAAGAAGACGAGCUCGAGCUCCAAGCCCUCUCCGCCGACAUCGACGCGCUCCCGGUCGUCAAGUCCAUGCGCGCACAAACCUACCAUCUCCACUCCGAUACACCGCUCCCCGAGGCCGGAAAAGUGGCGGCACACGUAGGCUGGGUGGAGCUCGACAUCAAGCGGCACAUCACCGAGUCGAAAGAUGAUUGGGGAAAGAAGACAAGGACAUUGACGGGCGAGAGCAUGGCGGGAUUCAAGGGACUGGGCGUGCAGCGUGCGUUUUGGAACGCGGAGACGGGAGAGCUGGUGGCGGUGGUGUGGAUUGGGAGUUCAUUAAGUGGGUGGCCGGGGCUGGCGCAUGGAGGGGCUAUUGCAACGAUAUUUGAGGAUGCGAUGAGUAGGAUGGUUGCAGGGCCGAAUGUGUCUAUUGACUCAAUCGCUCGCCCAACCUCGAUGAGCGUAACGUACGCCAAACCCACGAACAACACCAACUUCUACGUCCUCCGCGCAUCCUUCGCAAAGCCCAAUCUACCCCAGCUCGCUCCGCCACCAGACCCAGAGCCCGCGCCCGCAAAGUCCUGGCUACCGUCGUGGAAAGACCUUACGAAGAAGACACAACGCGCCGAGGCUGAGAGCUCUGUGGUUAUCAAUGCCACGCUUGAAGAUCUGAGCGGAACGCUUUGCGUGAGGGCAAAGGGGACAUUCCCCGUCUCU